ACCAUGGGCAACGUGAAGUGACUAUAUAAACCCGUCAAGUUCACUCCAUCAGUCAUCAACUACCCCUGCUAGUCUCCACAUCUCCAGUCAAACCAUCAGUGAAGUUGAGACUUGAACGUACCAUGUCUGCAGCCAAGCGUUUGCCUCUGACUCUGAUACUGAUUCUCUGGGCUGCAGUGUGUGUGGUUCACACACAGGACAUCAAGAUGUGUGGCAGAGAGCUGGUGCGCCUGGCUGUCUCAACCUGUGGGAACUCACGACUGAGGAGAAGUGUCCUGGAUAAAGACCUGGCUCCAUAUCAGCUCACUCCUAACUUGGACGAGGUCUCCACAGAAGAAGCUGCAGGAGCAUCAGAGAUGAUUCAACUCUCUUCAGAGACUGAUGAGGACGCAGACGUCCCGUCCCUGGUUCCUCACUGGUACCCAGUGUCUCCUAGGAUCCGCCGUGCUUCUGGAAGAAUAUCUGAUAUUUGCUGUGAAAAAGGCUGCAGCAUGAGAGAGCUGAUACAGAUCUGCUAGGUUCACUUACUCAUGUGUUGACUCUGUGACUUGACAGCACGUUUAAAAGAAAGUUAAAAAUGGUAAAAAAAUAAAAUAAUGAAAAAGUAGUUGUGUUCUGUGUUCUGGUCAACACAACGCAUUAGUCAAUAGAUUAGACAAGAACUACAGUAAAUAGAUAUUUAAUAAAUUAUUUCACACUUAUUUCAACUUGUUGGUCAUUUUUUGCAUA